UAGAGUUAACCAACCGAUUUGCCCCCCACCUCCCACGUUUCUUCUCUCCCAUCUCUCCAUCGCCGCCAGCACCGCCCCGCCCCUCUCCCUGGACAUGUCCAGCGCCCCGUGCUGUGCCCCGCCUCCUCCUCCUCUUUCGUUUCCAUGCCACCACGGUGGUUGGUCGCGCCCUUGGGCGCGCGCCCGCGAAACCCUAGCCCCUCCAGGCUUGGUCGCCGGCACUUCACUGACGCUGCCGCACCUCCGGCUGCUCCUCCUCGCGGAGGAUGUGUUUCUCUACUUCGCCUGCAUCUCCUCCUCGACCUCCCCUGGCUGCUGCUCCGGUACAUCGACGCCGACGCCUACCUCCUAGAAGCCCGCGUCGUCCCGUUCGCAUCGCUGGGUGGACGAGGUCUAUCUCGAAUCGCCCGUUUGGUUCAGUCGUCGGGGCAGCUGGCGCUGAUCUGGUCGCCCCGUGACAUCGGGAGGGAGUUGGGGCGGCGGUGUUGUCGUCGGCAUGGAGGCGGGAAAACGAGCAGGGAGCAGCGAGGAGGUGACGCCUGCCUUAACCGGGUAUAUCAGAGGAGCCGACAGGGCCGGUGCUCCCUCUCAACGGGUCCUUGUGGGAAUGCAAUUGUCGGACAAGGUGAUCAAAGGGACCAAGGCAGAUGUGGCAUUGUGAGUACCAAUCCAGCAGAUCAAUGAAUCCAGUUGGCUGAACUUGCAGAUGUGCCUUCCAAGCAUGGGAGAUAUAAUUGCAAACUGAUCUCAAAUCUAGUGGAGGAAGUGCACCGGUGGUACUUUAAGGCAGAUGGACAGACGGCGGACUGCUGGUGUGGCGUUUUACCUCACUAACACUGUUGAGUUCGUCCCGGAUGAGCCAUAUCCAACUCCGGAGGCAAGC